UGAACCAUAUCGAUAUCGAUGUGAAACAGUUUCAUCACCUAAUCAAUAUAUCAGUUAUCAACAACUAGGUAAUGGGAUAAAUAAUUGUGCCGAUGGAAGUGACAAAAUUUCUAAAAACUUUCAUUGGUCAUCUAUGAAAUGUGAUGUUGAUGAAAAUUAUCCAUGUUGGGUUUUUCAAGCGAAUGGAAUCUAUGAAGAUAGAAUUUCCAGUGUUAAAUUAUCUUAUCAUCGACAUUGUAAUACUAUUUGGGAUACAAUGGAUGGUCAAGAUGGACAGAUUUUUUCUCAAUGGAUCUGUACUAGCAUUGCGCGUCGAUGCAAUCGAACAGGUCAAUGUAUUAGUGAGGAAUAUUUCUGUGAUGGAGAAUUUGAUUGUGAUGAUGGAGAAGACGAAUUAAAUUGUCCUGAGGUAUCAAGAAGAUGGAACUUUGAAGAAAUAUGUAAUAGAACAAGUGAACAUUUUUGUAUUACUCAAUAUUAUCUUGAAGAUCCAAUAUCCAGACGUCCAUGUAUUCCGUAUAUUAAAGCUGGUGAUGGGCAUAUUGAUUGUUUAGGUGGCCACGAUGAACGUAAUGUCUUUUCUUGUUCAGAUCAUUUGAUAUUAGAAGAUCGUUUCUCGUAUGACAAUCAAACAAAAUGUUUACAUUUUACGGUAAUAUGUGAUGGAAUUGAUCAUUGCCUUGACCGAACAAAUGAACUUAUUUGCCACUGAAAUCGAAGUUGGUGUUCCUCAGGAUACGUUGGAUGUGCAGAUAGAAGAGCGUGUAAGCCUAGUCGAUGUAAUUCAGCAUACGGAUGUUCAGACACAUCUCGUUGGUUUUAGUGUCCCAUUUCAUUCAACAAAGACAUUAUUUAUCGUGCGACUAAAUAUCAUCAUGCAUCAAACUAUGAAAGAUCUUGCUAUCAACAUUCCUCUACUCGAGAAACAGAUCAUGUUGUUAAUAUGUUCUCGGCAGUCUCCGAAACAAAAGAAGGAGUCACAUUUUCUUUUUAUGGUUAUUGUAAUCGUGGUUUUUAUUUAACUAGAAACAACAAAACAAAAUCUCUCUGUUUUUGUCCACCGAGUUAUUAUGGUAAUCGUUACCAAUACAAUAGUCAACGAGUAACUGUACGUGUCUGAUUCGAUCGACGACAUCGUGUUGAUAUCCCAGUUGUCUUAACUGUUUUGGUGACCCUUAUUUAUAAUCAUAGUGAAAUUAUCGAUCAUCAACUCAUCUUCGGUAUUAAUCAAGAUAAUAGAGUGAAAUAUAAGCUUUAUUUACUCUAUUCCAGACCAAGACCUCACGGAUUAUAUCCAGUACGUUUUGAAGUUUAUCAUUCGAUGAUUUUUCUAGCGGCAUGGGUAUAUCAAAUAAGUUCAUUCAAUUUUCUACCUGCUUUUCGUCUGGCAAAAAUCUUACGUUCUUCAUCAAAUGUUCUUUCAUUAUUUUGUUCAACAAAUCUUUGUCACAACCAUGGAACAUGUUACUUAAUGAAUACUAAUCAAUAUUUAUGUUUAUGUCAAUGGCAAGGACAUUUUUGUGAAAAAAACAUUAUUGAACGUUGCAUGUACUUUGCAUUCUUUUUUUUUUUAAUAUUUAUUCUAUUGUUCCCAUAAGGGUUAACAAAUGAUAAAUGCACAGUUUUCUUUCACGACAUAAGUUUAUGAUGUAUAAAUAGGAAAGUAUUUUAGAAUAAAGUAUUCAAGAAGGCAUGAAGCAUUUCUGAAAUGACAAAAUAAUCCUUUGUGUGCAUUCAUAAAUGAAAGAUAUUCGAGAUAUGUAUGGUUUGCUCGUUUAUAGAGUCUAUUUGCGAAUUUACUGUUUUUCUUCAGUCCCAUGCUUUUAUAAUAUUCUUUCGAAGGAUCUGUUGUUAUUAGGAAUGCUGUCCAUGUGUGUCUAUACGAAUUUGCUUCUGGUGAUUCGUUCAAAUGUUUUUGGAAACGGAUCCAAUAUUUAUAAACAUAAUCUCUUAAUGUUAGUUCUCUACUCAAACAUAGAGCUGUCACGUCUUCAUAAUCCCAUAAACUGUACACUAGUUUAAGACUUAUUCUAUACACAUGUUCUAUUCUUUGUUUCUGUUUAUCAGUAUAAUAAAAUCAUGUGGAGAAAAGCCAUGCUAAGUGCGGAAGUAAGAAUGCGCAAAAUAUUUUUUUUCUUAGUUUAAUUUCAUUUUUAGGUAAUGUUUUAUAGAUUUUUCUUAAAACAUAAUAACUUUGU